AUGUUAGGCAGGCCUCAAUACGCCUGCAGCAAUUUUCGGCGGCCUUUGCUGAGACAGUGUUAUCCCCCGGCCGGGAUCGAUUGGAGAAUUAGACUCGGUCACGGACGAGACGGAGUCGUCUAUGAAGUUAAAAUCGGCGGCCGUAUCUUCGCCCUCAAAGUAUUCUGGGAUAAUAAACCGCCAGACGGCUUACUUGCUUGGGCUAUCCAGAUAGAAUGUAAUGACUCCACCGAGCCUAUAUACCUUAACCCGGAACCGAAAACGUUCCAAGACGCUCUCGCGAAUCUCCACGCCUUCUCCGACGAAGGACGCCGCAAGCAAAGGUUUCGAGACACGCCUGGCGCCAUUCCCUAUUCCUCCGCGCCGCGACUCCGGCAAUGCUUCGGCUGGACGAAGGUCAGCGGCAAAGAGCUGUACGCUCUGCGUCGAGAGAUGUGGCCCCCGCGAGCGGUUCUAGGUGGCCUCGUGCGUGAAAUACGGCCGAGCGAAGAAUACUACGCCAUUGUGUACGAGUUGAUCCCCCAAGACCAGCCUGCUAUGGAUGUGCAUGUCACGCAGUCGCAGCUGGACUUCUUUUGGCUAGUUGGGUUUUGCUUCGUACCAAUGCGGCUUGAGAAUUGGGCAGGGCCCGGCAUGUUGUUGGAUAUGGCGGAUAUCAUAUGCCCCUGGCAUGCCGGAUGGUUCAAGGCGCUUUAUAGACGGUUUGUGGUAACUAACCUGUCUUCAGACUGAGAAAGGGAGUUUGCGGUUGGUCCUCCGUUCGCAGUUUAGGUAUCUGGUUUACGUCCCGAGCGCUGAAAUCCGGCCCAUCGGGGCGUGGCCGCCCGUGGAGCUUGCUGGCCCCAUUUCUAGAGCUUGGGAUGGGUUCAAUUUUAGACCCCCCAGAGUGGUUGGAGGGUCCAGAAUGCGCUAUAAGGGGCCGCCUGUAGCCCUAGAUCUAGCCCUGUCCGGGGAGCCGAAAACUGACCCUAGUGACUGGUAUGCCCUCGUAUUAGACCCAGUAUCAGCUUCGAGAUUGCUUAGCGGCGGGCUUUGCUCAAAAUCGUGUCCUCAAAACCCGCGGAAACUUCCUUCAUAGCCACCUUCUUACCCUUUAAGCUAGAGGCCGUCACAGCUUGAUAAUCGUAAGAGCUGAAAGAGAAAUGAAGCAAAGCUGGGUUUAAUUAGGUAAAGAUUUAUUUACUGCCCGAUCUACCUAAUUGAAUAAAGGCACCUUCUUACUUGCCCUACCCC